UGUCUCCAUUUGAGAGAAAAGGCAACUUCGUAGAAAACGCAAUCCAAUAUGUGAGAGACCCGGGAAUCAGGAAUGGUUUUGGUCUUCGGAUUUUCGGACUCAGCGUCGCUGUUCGCGUCCUAGUUCCUCUGAAAAUGAUGUAUUUACAAGUGAUCAAAUUUAAAGUGUCUUUGAAUUUAAUGCAAAAAUUAGACAACGGGCAUGGUUGAAUGUCUUAAAAAUGGGCUUUUCCAUCUUAAAAUAAAUAUAAUUAUACUUUGUCAUUGCUAUUAUGCUUCUUCCCUUUAACAAAUUUAUAGGUUAUGAGGGAUGAUAGCAAGAGUCCGGGUUCGGUUUCUGCGUGACGGAGAGAACAGGACAACUAAUCACUAAUCCUCUUGCUGCCAGUGUUUUGCUUAUAAUAUAUUAUUGCUGCACUUGCGUGUGUGACUAUGCUCUUUUUUCACUAAGUGGGGCAAACCCGGUUACCCGGACGACAUUGCUCGGGUUCGGUUCGGUUUAAGCCAGGAGAUGGCCAGGUCGCUAUCUCUUGGUUCAGACUUUUAGUUGCGUUCACUAUUCAUAUUCGUCUCCAUGUGUCAUAUUCAAUGCAAAACGCUACUAGAUGCCAGUACCUCGGGUUCGGUUCGGUUUGUUCUUCGGAUUGGGCCAGUCAUAUAUAUACAUCCACCUCCAUGAAGGCAGCAGCCCCCUACCUCUCCCACCACCAUUUUCCAAGCUCAAACCAAACCAGUUCUCUGAUACACCACAAGCACGCUCUAGUAUCUACCAGAAAUGAACUUCCUGACUGCCCUCAUGAAGAUAGUCGACCUGAUCUCCCAGGCCCUCGGCAACGUGGAGAAGCUGCCGGCGGCCCUGAUCACGAGCGGAAUCGUCCAAGCCGUGGCAGCGCUCGCACUCUCCAUCUUCAAGGCUCCCGGAGGUAUUUUUCUGCACCACGGCAAGGCGCCCUUCUACCUAUACUACAGCAUUCUCAUCGCCGUGGUGAUCUUCGGGUUCGUGGAGGCGUCUGUCGGCUUUUGGGUGUCCGGUGACCUGGUCCGCCGCUGCGCCGUCGGGAAGACAAUCAUGUGGAUUUCGAUCUUACCAAUAGUCCUUGUGGCUGGGCUUGGAGGCUUUGGCACUCUGAAAUAGUAGUUAGUCGCAGCCACAGUUGCAUGUUGUAUUCUGAAUUCAGUUCCACUUACUAAUUUCUCAUACUGUUGUGAGUGUAAAGCAAAACACAGUUGUACUGUGCGAGCAUGAGGUUUCAGGUGUUUCUUCC